GCAUGCUUUGCAUCGGAGUUCUAAUUCCAUACAGUAAUAUACAUCCACGUGGUGCCAACUCACCAGUUCAUUAUCCUGAAUCCAUUGACAACACCCUUCUUUUGUUUCGACUAUAAAACCCAUAACACUUCUUCACCUUUCAUCUUUGCUCCACCCUCGAGAAAAUGGCGCGAAAACCCCUAAUCACUUUUCUGGGAAAUUUUCGCGUCGCUGCAUUUCUCUUGUUACUUCUCCUCACUUCCCGUCAAGUCAUAGGCGGCGGCCAUGACUACCACGACGCUCUCCGCAAGAGCAUUCUCUUCUUCGAAGGCCAGCGCUCCGGCAAGCUCCCUCCAGAUCAACGCGUAAAGUGGCGCCGCGACUCCGCCUUGCACGACGGGUCCUCUGUUGGCAGGGAUUUGACGGGAGGAUACUACGACGCCGGGGAUAACAUAAAGUUUGGAUUCCCAAUGGCAUUUACUACGACGUUGUUGUCAUGGAGCAUUAUCGAUUUCGGAAGGAACAUGGGACCGGAGUUGAAAAACGCCGUUAAGGCCGUCAAAUGGGCGACUGAUUACUUACUAAAAGUAACGGCGGUGCCUAACGUCGUUUAUGUUCAGUUAGGUGACGCGUAUUCCGAUCAUAACUGCUGGGAGAGGCCAGAGGACAUGGAUACACUGAGAACGGUGUAUAAAAUCGAUGGGUCUCACCCAGGGUCUGACGUUGCAGGUGAAACUGCCGCUGCAUUGGCCGCUGCGUCCAUUGUGUUUCGUUCACGUGACCCUGCUUACUCUAGGUUGCUUCUCAAUCGGGCCGUUAGGGUCUUCGACUUUGCUGACAGCCACCGGGGUGCGUACAGUGGUAGCCUGCACUCUGCAGUGUGCCCUUUCUACUGUGAUGUGAAUGGUUACCAGGACGAGUUGCUCUGGGGAGCAGUGUGGUUGCACAAGGCUUCACGCAGGCGCAGAUACAGAGAGUACAUAGUGAAAAACGAGGUAAUAUUGCAUGCUGGAGAUACCAUCAAUGAGUUUGGUUGGGAUAACAAGCAUGCUGGCAUUAACGUCCUCAUUUCCAAGGAGGUUUUAAUGGGAAGAGCAGAAUAUUUCGAGUCUUUCAAGCACAAUGCAGACGGCUUUAUCUGUUCUAUAUUACCUGGGAUCUCACAUUCUCAAGUUCAAUAUUCUCCAGGUGGGCUGAUCUUCAAGGCUGGAGGGAGUAACAUGCAGCAUGUAACGUCGUUGUCUUUCCUGUUUCUGGCGUAUUCUAAUUAUCUAAGCCAUGCCAAUAAGGCCGUGCCAUGUGGUGAGAAGACAGCUUCCCCUGCCCUCCUCAAGCAAUUGGCCAAACGUCAGGUGGACUACAUUCUUGGAGAUAAUCCACUGAGGAUGUCAUACAUGGUCGGAUAUGGUGCCCGUUAUCCACAGAGGAUCCACCACAGGGGCAGCUCGUUGCCAUCAGUGCGAGCGCACCCUGCUCGCAUUAGGUGCAAAGAGGGGUCUCGCUAUUUCUUGAGUCCAAAUGCAAACCCCAACGUGCAUGUUGGUGCGGUUGUUGGUGGGCCUAACGUCACGGAUGCUUUUCCAGAUUCCAGGCCAUUCUUUCAAGAGUCAGAGCCCACGACUUACAUCAAUGCUCCCUUAGUAGGCCUACUUGCAUACUUUUCAGCCCACCCUUGAUUUCCACAAUGUAAAUUAAGGAGGAUGAUUUUAGUGGUGUGCAAAAUGGUCACCCUCACUAUUAUUGUCAACAAUUAUAAUUGUCCCUGGCUAAUGAGGAAAGAAGAAACAAGGGCUCAUUUUAUCCUAGCCUCUCAUUUCACCCUUA